UGCUCCUAUCUCAUGGGGUGCACUCCCUACACUGACGUUAAAGUCUCCGAGGUGGCGUAUCUAUUCCAGACCGACUUAAUCGCCCUCCUCACGGCCAACGUCGUCGACAUUUCUUACACAGACAUCAAGAACCACAUCAUCCCCGCCUCUUCCUCAAGGUCUCGCUCACCUGGAAACCCCAACACCGUCAUCUCCGACCCUUCUGUCCUCAAUAUCGGAACCAACCUCUGGAUACCCUUCCCCUGCACCUACUUCAACGGCAGUGAUAACAACCUCCAUGCUAUUUACAUGUCCUACGUUGUCACCCCUGUCUCCCUUUGGUAA